AACUUUUGGCUCUCUAGUCUCUUCAUAAAAUCAUAAUCCCACUUUUUCAUACUCCUUCUACAUCAUCUUCUUCCUUGCAACAACAACAACAUCCAUAACAGUAAGUAAGAGGAGAGAGAACAUACAAGGUAGAUAUUGAAGGUAGAGAGAGAAAAAAAAGAAUGACAUUGGGUAUGGGAGGAACACAGUCAUAUGGUGAACCAUCAUACUGGGAUAAGAGGUACACUCAAGAAGACUCUCCCUUUGAUUGGUACCAAAAAUACACAGCCCUAGCUCCUCUUUUGCAUCUCUAUCUCUCUCCUUCUCAUCGUAUUCUCGCCAUCGGUUGCGGCAACUCCCCUUUUAGUGAAGGCAUGGUAGAAGAUGGAUAUGAGGAUGUAGUCAACAUUGAUAUAUCCUCCGUGGUGAUCGAAGCUAUGCAGAAAAAAUACUCCGACCACCCACAACUCAAAUACAUUACUAUGGAUGUUCGAGAUAUGAGUGCCUUUGAAACGGACUCAUUUGAUGCAAUUAUUGACAAAGGAACACUCGAUUCUAUUCUGUGUGGAAACGACUCAAAGGAGAACUCGAGUAUGAUGCUUAAGGAGGUGUUUCGGGUCCUCAAGGAUAAUGGGAUUUAUAUUCUGAUUACAUAUGGAGCACCCUCUUAUCGUCUAAACUUGCUCAAGAGUUCAUGCAAGUGGAAGAUAAAGCUCCAUGUGAUAGAAAAAUCAGUUUCUGGAGCGAAAAAUGAAGACCAACAGAAAUGGGAGCUUACUAAACCUGUUCCACUAGAUCAGAAGGAAAAGUCCAUUGAAGAUUUCAUAGGAAGUAACCCAGAUGUUCAUUAUAUAUAUGUCUGUACUAAAGAUGAUUCUUUGGCACAUGGAGAUAUAGAUGCAUCAGUAACUGAGUAAUAACUAUCAACUGUAUCCUUCGUCUGCUCAUUAUCUAGCAUGCUUCAGCUAUAUUAUUCCCGUUAUAGGAUUAUUCAGUUGUGCUUGUAUUGUACUCUAAAGUCUAAGCUUGAUUGAAGUGUUGCUUGACAUGAAGUCGGAAAUAGCUGAACUUCAUUAUUAUUUUUUGAUGGAGCUUUUGUGUUAAAUUUUA